AUGAACCAAGACGUGCAGUAUAUCCUGAGUCUCCAGGCUGUUCGUGAGCGAGCCAAUCACAUCUUGUCCCUCGCCAAGGAGGAUCGCCUCAACCAUUUCGACUACCAUGAGGACCGGCUUGAUGAUGCUGUGCAGUAUGUAGCUGGUAUUAUCAGGCGCGACUACGGUCCAAACAAUUUCCAUAACAUCCCCCCUCACGGCCGCUGGCAACAUUUUCAAGUGAGCUCCGUUGACCGGAUCGGUAAGCUCCUUUGCCAGUGGGAAUCUGCUGGAUACAGCAAGACCGAACAGGCGCGUGGGCUGGUGGAUUUGUUCUUUGUGUCUGUCCUGCUCGAUGCCGGGGCGGGAGACAAGUGGCGGUUUACAGAGCCAGAUACCGGGCUUGUGUUGGGCCGCAGUGAAGGCAUUGCGGUUGCCACGCUACAUAUGUUUCUGAAGGGACAAUUUUCUUCUGCUCCUUUUGGGCGCAAGGAUGUGGUGCUUGGAGAAACGUUGCGUGAUUUCAGCGAGAACACGCUUCGCGAUGGCUUUCAAAUAACAGACGAGAACCCCUUCGUCGGAGUCCCGGCUAGAGUAGAGCUCUUGAGAUCAUUAGGCCAUUCCCUACUCCGUCUCCGUGAUGUAUUCGGUGAAUCUGGACGCCCAGGGUCUCUCGUCGAUUACCUCGUAUCUCAAGCAAGCAAGGGCAAUACCAUCGACUUUCAAAUAAUCUGGACAACACUCCAGAAUGUUCUUUUGCCGAUCUGGCCCUCAACUCGAACGCAUUUGUCCGGUCACCCGGUCGGUGAUGCCUGGCCCCUACAAGCCUUGUCCGACCACCCUCCCUCCCCAAACUCACCAUAUCACACCAUCCAGCCCUUCCACAAGCUCACGCAAUGGCUCGCAUAUUCUCUCAUGGUGCCACUCGAGCGCCUGCUCUCCAUAACGUGGAAGAACGCGGACAUCGCCACCGGCCUCCCCGAGUACCGCAACGGCGGCGUAUUCAUCGACACUGGCGUGUUGACACUGAAGCCCGAAGCACUGGCCCGCGGAGUCAAGCACUCCAGUGUCGAUCUGCCUGCGUUCGAUGCCACAGCCGACGAGAUCGUUGAGUGGCGUGCGUUGACGGUCGCGUUGCUUGAUCGUGUGCACGAGGCCAUCCAGCAGACGGAUCUGGGACCACAGCGGCUAACACUUCCGCAAGUGUUGGAGGCAGGAACGUGGAAGGCGGGGAGGGAGCUGGCGGCCGAGAAGAGACCGGAGACACGGUCUAGUCCGAUCUUGAUCCUGGGGGAUGGCACGUUGUUUUAG